AAUUACAUUGAUAAAAGUUCAUGCAUAUCAGAUCACAUAUCAAUGACAUUGGUGUUUACCUGAAAUGUGAUUAAUAUCAUCACUGUUGAAAUUAAAUGAUCUGACAAGCAAAUGUCUUAUAGGAUAAUUACAAUGCCAACUAAGACACAAUUAAUUCCAUCAGAUCCAAUAUUAAUACUAAGAUUUUUAUAACUCCCAAAUCAUUGCAAAAAAUCUUCACAUAAAGAAGUAAAAAUUAAAAAUCAUGUGGUAUAAUUUUUUUGCCAGGCUAUAAAGUUAUUUGCAAGACCUCUAUAAAUUGUCUGGUUUUUCGAUUACCAAUAUUUGUUUCCUCCAGAGAGAUUAGUAUUCAUCUCUCUCUCUCUCUCUCUCUAACAAUGGCGAAGAAGCCAAGCUUGGGGCGCCAAAAGAUCAAAAUUGCGAAGAUAGAGAGAAAGAAUAACUUGCAAGUUACCUUCUCAAAGCGGCGAUCUGGCCUAUUCAAGAAAGCAAGUGAACUUUGCACGCUUUGUGGCGUUGAGAUUGCUAUUAUAGUCUUCUCUCCUGCUGGAAAAGUGUUUUCAUUCGGCCACCCUAAUGUUGAAUCAAUCAUUGAUAGGUUUUUCACCCGAAACCCCCCUCUCAAUUCCAAUUCCACUCUCCAUCUAGUUGAGGUUCACCGCAAUGCUAGCGUACGUGAACUCAAUUUCCAGCUCACACAAAUUCUUCAUGAGCUAGAAUCCGAGAGGCAAGGAGGCGAGACGCUGGAUCAGAUGAGGAAAGCUAGCCAGGGCCAGUUCUGGUGGGAAUCUCCUGUCGAGAAAUUAGCGUUGCAUGAGCUGGAACAACUGAGGGAUUCCAUGGAAGAGCUGAAGAGGAAUGUGACAGAUCAAGCUAACAAGAUUUUGGUUGAGAAUGUGAAUGCCUUGCCACUUUUGGGUGAUAAUGCAUUGAGGAGUUUUGAUCAGUUUGAGGCCAAGCCUGCAGAACUGAAUGUUUCAAACAAUUUUGGUUAUGGUACUGUUGGAUUUUUUUGAUUGUUUUUACAGCU